AUGUCUGAAAAAGUACAACUUAACACAACCAGACAAUCAGAUACAAAAGAAUAUGGUAUAACCACCUCUAUUUCGCAAUUACGUUCAGUUCAUUCCAACACAGGAGCUGGUGAAGUUAAUUACAUCAAUGCUCAAACUGCUCAUGGCGAUGAAGCCUUGCUAGCAGAAAUCGGUUACAAGCAGGAAUUGAAGAGACAGUUUAGUACUAUACAAGUCUUUGGUAUUGCGUUUUCUAUCAUGGGGUUGCUACCCUCUAUUGCGUCAGUUAUGGGUGGUGGUUUAACUGGUGGUCCAGUUACGCUAGUAUGGGGUUGGUUUAUUUCUGGUUUAUGUAUUUUAACCAUUGGUAUAUCCAUGGCAGAAAGCGCAUCCGCAUGCCCAACCGCUGGUGGGUUAUUUUACUGGACUGGUCUGUAUUCUCCCACCCGCUACAAAGUUUCAUUUUCAUUUAUUAUUGGCUGGGUCAAUUCAUUAGCCUUGGUCUCUGGUGUUUGUUCCAUUGCAUAUGGUUUUGCAGAAGAGGUCUUGGCCGCUGUUGUCAUUCAAAAAGAUGGGAAUUUUGACGUAACUAAUGGUAAGACUUAUGGUGUUUUUGCUGCUGCAGUUAUUGGUAUGACUCUGUCUACUUGUCUUGCCUCUACAGCCAUUUCUAGACUACAGACUUUUUCCAUUGUGGCCAAUUGUUUUAUUAUUCUAUUGUUAUUCAUUGCUUUGCCUAUCGGUACUAAAAUAAACAGAGGCGGGUUCAAUAACGGUAAAUUUAUCUUUGGCACUUUUGAAAAUUUUGCUGACUGGAACGAUGGAUGGCAGUUUUGUUUACAAGGUUUUAUGCCUGCUUGUUGGACCAUUGGUGCUUUUGAUUCUUGUGUCCAUCAAAGUGAAGAAGCCAAAGAUGCUAGUAAAGCUGUCCCAAUAGGUAUUAUUGGAUCUAUCACCACUUGCUGGCUAUUAGGUUGGUUGAUUUUGAUUGUUUUAAUGGCCUGUGUUGAUCCAAAUUUGGAAAAUGUUAUUGACAGUGAAUAUGGGUUUGCGUUAGCUCAGAUUAUCUAUGAUUCUUUAGGUAAAAACUGGGCCAUUGCAUUUAUGUCCUUGAUUGCCUUUUGUCAAUUUUUAAUGGGUGCUUCUAUCAUGACUGCUGUUUCGAGACAAGUCUAUGCCUUUGCCAGAGAUAACGGUUUAAUUUUUUCCAGAUAUAUUAAAAUGGUUCACAAAAAAUGGUCUGUUCCAAUAAAUGCCGUCAUUGCCUGUUGCAUAGGUUCUUUGGCUCUAGGAUGUUUGUGUUUGAUCGAUACAGCAGCUGCUAAUGCUUUGUUUAGUUUGGCUAUUUCCAAUAAUUAUGUCGCUUGGGGGUUUCCUACUGCUAUGAGAUUAACAUUCGGUAGAGACAUUUUUAAACCAGGUCCAUUUUACUUGGGUAAGUUUUGGAGUCCAGUUGUUGAUUGGUUCAGUGUUAUCUAUCAAUCUUUUAUUAUCAUUUUGGUCAUGUUUCCAUCCACUCAACAUAACAUUGCUAAAGACACAAUGAAUUAUGCCUGUGUUAUCGGACCAGGUGUUGUUAUUUUAUCUUGGUUAUAUUACAUUGCUUACCAGAAAAAAUAUUAUCAUGGUCCAAUUUCUAAUUUAACUGAUGAAGAAUAUAUCGACAAAGUUGGUACUGAUGUCAUUGACGAAAUUAUGUCACAACAAAAAAUGGAACAUGAGGAGGGGGAGGAGGAGGAGAAUGAUAAAAUCGGGAAUAGCUAUUCUUCUAAUUAG